UGGCUCGCCGCCCCUCCGCCCCGCGGCCCUCCGCUCCGGCCUCUUCCCUGCGGCUCGGUGGUCGCUCUGGACACUCCCUCCGGCCCUUCCCGGGAGCGCGGCGGCCGCGGCCCAGAGGCCACGGACCCCAGGAGCGUGGUUUCCUCUCCCCGGCAGGUCCUCGCGGCCCGGCCCGAACAUGCUGGACGGCCUGAAGAUGGAGGAGAACUUCCAAAGCGCCAUCGAGACCUCCGCCUCCUUCUCUUCGCUGCUGGGCAGAGCCGUGAGCCCCAAGUCCGUCUGCGAGGGCUGUCAACGGGUGAUCUCGGACAGGUUUCUGCUGCGGCUCAACGACAGCUUCUGGCACGAGCAGUGCGUGCAGUGCGCCUCCUGCAAAGAGCCUCUGGAGACCACCUGCUUCUACCGGGACAAGAAGCUCUACUGCAAAUACGACUACGAGAAGCUGUUUGCUGUCAAAUGUGGGGGCUGCUUCGAGGCCAUCGCGCCCAGCGAGUUUGUCAUGCGGGCGCAGAAGAGCGUGUACCAUCUGAGCUGCUUCUGCUGCUGCGUCUGCGAGCGUCAGCUGCAAAAGGGCGACGAGUUCGUCCUGAAGGAGGGGCAGCUGCUUUGCAAAGGGGACUAUGAGAAAGAGCGGGAGCUGCUCAGCCUGGUGAGCCCAGCGGCCUCGGACUCUGGCAAAAGCGAUGAUGAAGAAAGCCUUUGCAAGUCCGCCCAUGGGGCAGGCAAAGGAGCUGCUGAGGACGGCAAGGACCAUAAGCGCCCCAAACGUCCCAGAACCAUCCUGACAACCCAGCAGAGGAGAGCGUUCAAGGCCUCGUUUGAAGUGUCGUCCAAGCCAUGCAGAAAGGUGAGGGAGACGCUGGCCGCGGAGACAGGGCUGAGCGUCCGUGUGGUCCAGGUGUGGUUCCAGAACCAGCGAGCCAAGAUGAAGAAGUUGGCCCGGCGGCAGCAGCAGCAGCAGCAAGACCAGCAGAACACCCAGCGGCUGAGCUCCGCUCAGACGAAUGGUGGCGGGGGUGCCGGGAUGGAAGGGAUUAUGAACCCCUACACGGCCCUGCCCACCCCACAGCAGCUCCUAGCCAUCGAGCAGAGUGUCUACAGCUCGGACCCCUUCCGGCAGGGCCUCACCCCACCGCAGAUGCCUGGAGACCACAUGCAUCCUUAUGGUGCCGAGCCCCUUUUCCACGACCUGGAUAGUGACGACACCUCCCUCAGUAACCUGGGGGACUGUUUCCUAGCAACCUCAGAAGCCGGGCCCCUGCAGCCCCGAGUGGGAAACCCCAUUGACCACCUGUACUCCAUGCAGAAUUCUUACUUCACCUCUUGAGCCCUCCCCUAGAGCGGGUGGCUAGGCUCCCGGAUGGGACCACCAUACCUGUGAGGGGCGCUGGCUUUAGGAUGGGGAGGCCGGGAAGAGGUGGGCUGGGGAGGGGCUUUUGUUGGGGAUGCUGUGGUAUGAUGCUCUGGGCAUUUCCAAAGACCGAAUCCAUAGCGAUUGUCUAGUUUAACGUUGCUAAUAAGAGUCUUAGCGUUAGGUCUGAAGACGUGUUUAUCGCUGAGGACAGGGACUUUUACUGUAGACAUUCUCACGCAGACUAGAUACCUAGAGACUCCUAACAACUUCCCACUGUUCUGGGGAAGCUCUCGUCCAGAGGUGCACACGCCUAUCCCUCCGUACACCCGUAGACAGGCGGACAGACAGACAGAAGUGUGCGGGAGUGUGUAGCCUUUCGUACGUUAUCAUCAAAGUGUAUUCCUAUGACAGACACCAACUGUACAGCAAAAGUGACUUUAUUUUCAGUGUGAGCUAUAUUUAAGGAAAUGCUUGAUGCACUUAAGUUAUAAAAUGAGAUAAUUUACUUUUAUAAACUUUAUUUUUAGUUGGAAGGGACUUGUCGGCAGGGUGGAGGGGCUGCUCUCUCCAGCCCCACGGCUCCGAGGGUCUGGGUUGGCUCUGUGGCCAGGGAGUGUCGCUGAGGUCUGGGCAGCCACUCUCUGACGGGCAGCGUCUCUCGUGAGUUUUUGCUCUCUUUGGGGUAGAGCCACUGGGCUUGGGGUGACAGAGCAACCCCCGAUCAAGUUCUUAGAAAGUCUAAAGCCCAGACUUCGUCUUUCUUUUAAAUUCUGACGUGUGGUUGUUUGUGGCACCAGGGAAGUCAGUUCUGCUCUCGAACUAUCUGAAGUGUGGGUGAGGCUGGUGGUGUGUACCCCUCACUGUGGGACGUGCGAACAGGGCUGAGUCUAGCCUCUGAGAUCUGCUGAAAAUACAACCACACCAGUCACUUGGCGAAGAAGGACCCCUGGGGACACAGAGCAGCUGGGCUUCAGUGCCCCGGGAGCAGCUCUGCCUGCCGAGGUCCCUUCUGUGAAGCCUGGGCUGCAGACACCAGCACAGGGCAGCCAGGGCGAUGCUAGGGUCCUCCAGGCAGAAGGAGGCGUGGCUGAGGGGACGGAGCCAGGCGUCCUGGCUUCCAGACCAGGGGUGGAAAGCGACGGCCAUCAGGCCUGUGCUUAUGGCCUACCAGCUAAGGAUGGUUUCGUAGUUUUAAAGGAAAGGAAAAGAGAGGGAGAACAUGCAGCAGGGUGUGUGUGGCCUGGGAUGCUCCCUGUACAGUCUGGCUCUUCUCAUCAAAAGGGUGCUGAGCCCUGCUCUCAAGGGUCCGUUUCGGAGCAGCCUCUCGGAGCUCUCAGAGGUGCACAGUCCAGGGGCACCCGAGGCCUCUCCUUCAGGCUCGCCUCUCUGACCCUGAGCACAGAGGGCCCAGCUGCCAUUGUACACGGGGACUGUACCAGCUCCUGGUCCCCGUGGUGGUGCUAGGACGGGCUGCUUCUGUGCCCGGAGGCCUGAGGAACCAGAGCCAAGGGGUGGGGAGGGCGGGGCCACUGGGCCUAUUCUGAGAGGGGCUGGGACAGGCCCAGCCUCACUGCUGGGGACGUCGGAGCCGUGGGCACAGCGCCUCAUCCCCAUCUCUCUCUGCCAGGCCAGAGGGAGCACAUCCCCUAUAGUAGCGUCUGUGUUAUGUGAUUUUGUGCUCUUGUGUAUGAUUUAUGCAAGCCCCCAAGAAACCCCAACCAGCCUGGCGAGUGGGAAUCGGGCAGACGCUGUGGGGCCCCAAAGGCCUCUGUGGGAAAGGUCCGCUGACGGAUGUAGCAGACACGACGUGGGUGGGUGAACGAGUAGAGAUCCUUAUUCCGCUCCUUAACCUUGGCAAACUAAGAUGAAAUUAAACACCUCUUACAGA